UAAAUUGUGGGCGUCAACAGAUGAAAUCGAAAGUGUAUGUAAGGUGAAAGUGUUUCAAAACGACCGCUGAACAUCGUGCUGCUGUUGCAAUCAAAAUGUCCAAAACAAAAGUACUGAAAAUAAACAGUGAUAAUGCAGUCCGGAUUGAAAACUACCGACAGUCUCUAUAUAAGCAGGCAGAAGUGCUUUUCUCCGAUUUCAUUCCUCUGAAGAUCUGUCACUUUGACAAUCUGCUUAAGGGUGAUGAGUUGAGCGUAACUGAUCUUCAGUCUCUUCAUGCACCUCUGGACAUUCCCAUCCCUGAUCCACCUGCUCCUGAAGAUGAGGAGAUGGAGACGGACAAGAAUGAAGAUGAUGAGAAAAAGAAAAAAGCUCCCAAGUGUGGCUUCAUCAAAGGAAAUGAGCGAAUCGUGAAGUUGCUGGAUGUUGUGAAACCUGAGAUCGUUGCUCUGAAGGAGACCUGUAUCACUGUUUCUUGCUGGAUUUCUCAUCUCAUUCCAAAAAUAGAGGAUGGAAAUGACUUUGGAGUCGCAAUUCAGGAGAAAAUCCUUGAGAGAAUUACAGCUGUGAAGACAAAGCUGGAGACCUUUCAGACCAACAUUAAUAAGUAUUUCUCUGAGAGAGGCGAUGCAGUGGCCAAAGCCUCCAAAGAAACUCAUGUGAUGGAUUAUCGCUCUCUAGUACACGAGAAGGAUGAAGCGAUUUAUUCUGAGAUCCGAGUUAUGCUCCUUGAUAUACGUGGUUUUUAUGCUGAACUUUAUGAUGUCAUCAGUAAGAAUCUGGAGAAGGUGGUGAAUCCCAAAGGAGAAGAGAAACCCUCCAUGUACUGAGACGCUUAAUGUGGAUACUCUAGAGCAGCUAUCAAUAACACAUUCACAUGUUUGACAAUACUUUAAAGGAAACAUCCUUAAAAUGGUGAACAUCAUAUUAAAACAAUAAUAAAUAUUUUCAAUAUGUUUCA